GGAAAUAAUAGGGAUAAGGAUGCUUACUGGAGGGGGUGGGCAGUGAAGUCCUAGAAAUUGUCCAAUAGGCACAACUUUUAUUGGUGUUUUGAUCUUUUGGGAGCGGGGAUUUGAGGUGGGAUUUGUAUUGCUGUAUGUCAGGCUGGUCUGGAACGCACUAUGUAGUCUAGGCUGGCCUUGAACUUCUGGUCUCCUGUCCUAGCCUGAGGGCUGGAAUUACAAGUGUGAGCCACCGUGCCGGCUCACAGACACAUUUUUAACCAAGUUUUGCAAAGUGUGGUCUGCGAUCACACUCUGACUUGCAUGGAUUCGGGAGAGCCUGUUCUCCCCUUCCGUGUGGGUUCUGGGGAUCCAGCUGAGGUAGGCUCGAUGGUGAGGGCCCUUAUUUGCUUGGUUCUAUUGCUUGCCUGGCUUGGAUGGAUUUGGGGAGGGGAAGGACCAGCAAAUGGGGUGAUUGGAGUGACCUAGGAAAAUGGCUCCACCCCACUCCUUCACUUUUUCCCUAUCUCUCCAGGUACCUUGAUAUAUCCACUCCUGUAUCCCUCUUAGAAGAAGAGAAGACUAAAGCCAGAUAUAGCUGUUUUCAGAUACUCCAGGGCUGCAGACUUUACUUUCUGUGUGUGAGCCAGCCCAGAGAGGCAGAGUGAUAGCCAAACGUAGACGUUGCUGUGAGGUGGAAAUGAUAGCAGAUACCAAGAGGAGAGGGCCGCCAGGGUUGCCCAGCAGUGCUGUCCUAGGACAAAGUAACCCACUCCGUCUCUGGCCUAGGUCUGUGGAUGGCCUGCUGAAUGCCCAAAAGAAAAAUGCCCACGUUCCCCUUUGGAACUACACGGUCCUAAGAGGCCAGAUCUUCAUUGUGUAUUUCAUUGCGGGUGUGAAAAAGCUGGAUGCAGACUGGGUUGAGGGCUACUCCAUGGAACACUUGUCCCGGCAUUGGCUCUUUAGUCCCUUCAAGCUGGUGUUGUCCGAGGAGCUAACAAGCCUGCUGGUGGUGCACUGGUGCGGCCUUCUCCUUGACCUCUCAGCUGGCUUCCUGCUCUUUUUUGAUGCCUCGAGAUCCAUUGGCCUCUUCUUCGUGUCCUACUUCCACUGCAUGAAUUCUCAGCUCUUCAGCAUAGGUAUGUUUCCCUAUGUCAUGCUGGCCAGCAGCCCCCUCUUCUGCUCAACCGAAUGGCCUCGGAAGCUGGUAGCUCGAUGCCCCAAAAGGCUGCAAAAGCUGCUGCCCACCAAAGAUGCUCCUCGGCCUAGUGCUUCCUGUGUGUAUAAGAGAGCCCGUGCCAGAGCUGGUCCAAAGGUGGGGCUGCGCCACCAGCUGGGAGCUGUCUUCACCCUGCUCUACCUUCUGGAGCAGCUCUUCCUGCCAUAUUCCCAUUUCCUCACCCAGGGUUACAACAACUGGACAAAUGGGCUGUACGGCUAUUCCUGGGACAUGAUGGUACACUCGCGCUCCCACCAGCAUGUAAAGAUCACCUACCGUGAUGGCCUCACUGGCGAGCUUGGCUACCUUAACCCUGGGGUAUUCACACAGAGCCGGCGAUGGAAGGAUCAUGCAGACAUGCUGAAGCAAUAUGCCACUUGCCUGAGCCUCCUGCUUCCCAAGUACAAUGUCACUGAGCCCCAGAUCUACUUUGAUAUUUGGGUCUCCAUCAAUGACCGCUUCCAGCAGAGGCUUUUUGACCCUCGUGUGGACAUCGUGCAGGCUGUCUGGUCCCCCUUCCAGCGCACACCUUGGGUGCAGCCACUCUUGAUGGACUUGUCUCCCUGGAGGACCAAGUUACAGGACAUUAAGAGCAGUCUGGACAACCACACUGAGGUGGUCUUCAUUGCAGAUUUCCCUGGUCUUCACCUGGAGAAUUUUGUGAGUGAAGACCUGGGCAACACUAGCAUCCAGCUCCUGCAGGGAGAGGUCACUGUGGAACUGGUAGCAGAACAGAAAAACCAGACUCUUCAGGAGGGAGACAAAAUGCAGUUGCCUGCUGGAGAGUACCACAAAGUCUAUACUGUAUCGUCCAGUCCUUCCUGCUACAUGUACGUCUAUGUCAACACUACAGAGGUCGCCCUGGAGCAAGACCUGGCAUAUCUGCAAGAAUUAAAGGAGAAGGUGGAGAACGGAAGUGAAACGGGGCCUCUGCCUCCAGAACUUCAGCCUCUUUUGGAAGGGGAAGUAAAAGGGGGCCCUGAGCCAACACCUUUGGUCCAGACCUUUCUAAGACGACAGCGGAAACUCCAAGAAAUUGAACGCCGGCGAAAUAGCCCUUUGCAUGAGCGACUCCUGCGCUUCUUGCUGCGAAAGCUGUAUGUCUUCCGACGCAGCUUCCUGAUGACUCGAAUUUCACUCCGAAAUCUGCUCUUAGGCCGACCUUCCCUAGAGCAGCUAGCCCAAGAGGUGACAUACGCAAACCUGCGACCGUUUGAACCAGUUGAUGAGUCGAGUGCUUCCAACCCCGACUCUUCAAACCCGAACCCUUCAGAGCCAGAUGCUGAGCAUGUUCACUCUGAGUUGUGAGGAAGUCCAGAUGUUCUGUGGAGGUGUGGGGACAGCCUGGUACAGGUUGCUGCCUAUGCAAAGGAUAUUUACUGGAGAAAUAUCAUCUAUUUUGAGACAGGCUUUUACAGUACAGCCCAGGCUGGCCUCAAACUCAUGGUAGUUCCUCUGCUUCAGCCUCUGAGUGGUUACAUGUACAUCACCAAACCUAGUUUUUUCCUUUUACAUUACCCCUCUUAUAAGUUAAGAUGAUAGCUUAUAGAAUCCAAGGCAACAGAGAAGAAUUUGAAGAACUGAAGGCUCUUUUUAGAAGCAAUAUGAACUAUCCUCUUACAGUAAAGGGGUUUUUUUUUGUUUGUUUUUUCCUUUUUUCCCCUCAAGACAGGGUUUCUCUGUGUAGCCCUGGCUGUCUCGGAACUGUCUGUAGACCAGGCUGAGCUUGAACUCAGAAAUUCACCUGCCUUUGCCUCCCAAGUGUUGGGAUUUAAGGUAUGCACCACCACCGCCUGGUUUAUAAAAGUCAUUUUUAAGCUGGUUCUUUAGGAAAAGGAAUGUACCACAAUGAAAAUAGCUGAACCCAUGUGUUUGCUAUGUGCCUGGUACUGUUUGAAGCAGUGUACCUGAAUUAUCAUACUCAGUACUUUAAGAAGCAUUGGUCUUAAAUGCUUAAAUUUUACCUUUGGAGAAAGGAAAGCAAGUAAAAUUUACCCAAAGGCAUCCAGGAGUGGGUUGACAAUUUGAACUGAAAUCUGUUGGACUUAAGGUCUCAUGUGCUGCUCUUUAAUGCUUUUCAGAACCACUGACAGUAAAGUUGAAGCAGUAUAGCUUAAAACUUGUGUUAAUCUAAUUGAUUAGGAUGGUCAGGUACUAAAUGCAAAGUAAUUCUUUAUUUUCAAUUCCUUUUUAUAGCAAGUUUUUCAGUAGCAGUGGUAUCAGAGUAGCACUACUAAAUAGGGAAGCCAGAUGGCUUGCUUUAGUAUAAAUCAGCUUAGUGAAUGCAGCUCUCUAAGCCAUGACUGAGUCAUAAGCCUUGAGGUUUUCCUUUUCCUUGGUGUCAAGCCCCAUCACAUCUUCUAUUCAUCCUAUUUUUAUUUCUACUAUCGGCCUAUUCCUUUACCCUUUAUACUGCAGUCUAUUUAAGGAUAGACCAAGGCAGGGCCACCAUCUUUUUUUGCACAGGUUGGGCCCAAGUAUGGAGACCAAAAGUCCCUCUUAAUGCAUACAAAACAUUGUAUAUAGGCUACUGAUGGCCAUGCAGAGAGCUCUGAUCAUUUUCUCAAACAGGAAACCACCACCAGUUUGCAUUCUUCUUCGUGAUCUUUUCUUACGUAACACCAUGAAUACACCUUGGCACUAUGUCCUUUCCAAGUUCAGCUACUUCCUUGUUCCCUUAACCUGUCACCUUUGACUAGCAAGAAAAGCGUUUUUGUUCGGGAGGGGUGUCUUUCAAACUUGUGCUGAGAAAUGAACCCAGGUUUCAUGCAAAGUACUUAGUUUGUAGAAAGAUGCUGCUUCCGUGCUCAUUUACUACCUUUUUCCCCAAGAAAAAUGUUGGGUGAAUUAAGUAGAGAUGGGGGCAUUACUAAUAAUUUAAGUUGCUUGGGGCUAGAGAUGGAGCUCAGUUGAUAGAGGGUUAGUUUGCCAUGCAUGUUUGAUCUCAGCACUGUGUAAGUGAAGCUCUAUGAUACGUAUCUGUGACCUCAGUAUAGAGGCAGGAAGAUCAGUUCAAAGCCAGCAUGGGGAGAGGCGAAACUAUCUGGUUGAAGUUUAUUAGCAUUGCCAGAGAAACUAGGCUCUCCAACUACAAUUGUUCUGGCAAUGGAUCGUUGAUGUCUUUUUAAAAGCCAAGGGGCCUACCAUUAUACAUGUAGCAAAAUUUAAAAAUGCAAAUUUCCUUUCAAUGUUAAGAAUUUGUACCCCAUGUUACUAUCUCUAGUGUAUACUUUAUGCUUGUCCUUAGCCCUGAACCCGCUUCCAAGGUUUUACUUUUUCUUCUGUUUUCCCUGGUCUAGCUAGUGUUCAUGUACCUAGUAUUUUUAGGACAUACUCUGCCCUAAGUCACUGUUAUAGUCUGAGGGCCAGAGAUCUUGUAAGCACAUCUAUGCAGUUCAGCAAUUCUGAGAUGGCCUCACUUAGACCAGGCUAUCCCCAAAGAUAAAUUCUGUAGCAGAGGAUAAUCUUGAACUCUGAAUCAGCUGGUAUUGCAGUUAUUACCAUGUUUGGACUUUUGGAGACAAGGUCUUAUUAUGUAGCCCUAGCUGUCCUGAACGAUGUAUACCAGAGGCUAGCUUCAAACUCAAAAAAAUCUGGCUAUCUCCGUUUCCCAGCAUUUGGGACCACAGGCAUGUGCCACUACAGCCAACUGAGCAAUUUAAAAAUUCUCCAUAGCUGUUCUUGCUACUAAGCAACCUUCAUUUAUCUCAUUCCUGUCCUUAGCCAACAAGGUUAUUCACAAUGGAAUGGCAUCUAAAGACUUGAGAUGGAGAAUUGCUAAAUAACCCAAGUUUGCGGUCUCUGGAAUGCUGGGAUUCCAAGUAUGAGCCACAGAGGGUUUGGUUUCUAGGCUCCUUGAAAUCACUAAACCUUUACCAGACCAUACAGUGGGUUUUGUUUGCCAUAAAUUAAAGCUGUACUUUUGGGAAAUUUGUUCAAUUAUUUUAAUAAACUUUAAAGUCUCUUAAAAUGUU